AUGUCGUCGUCACUUACGGUCACACCAGCACCACCACUUACUCUUCCUGUCACGAAUUCAGUUACAAUUACUGAGGACGAUAUUAAAUCGUAUCGUGAAAAUGGUUAUUUUGUUGUGCCGAAUCUUCUUUCGCCUAGUCAACUUGAACAAUGGCGAACGAUUAUAUUUAGUGCUGUAAACGAUCGAGCAGACGCUAAGUAUAAAUUUCCUACAGCGGGUCAAGGUGAUAGCACUAACGUUGAUUUCGAGUAUUAUAAUAAUGUCUUCACACAGCGUAUUAAUUUAUGGCAAUCACAUAAUUCUGUCAAACAAUUAUUAUUAGAGAGUGGAUCAGUAAUCGGAAAAAUAGCUGCGGAAUUAGAAGGUAUCGAUUGUGUUAGAAUAUGGCAUGAUCAAGCUUUAAUUAAAGAGCCAUUUGCAAACCCUACCGCAUGGCAUCUUGAUGUUUCAUAUUGGUCGUUUACUUCUUUACAUGCAAUAAGUGUUUGGAUAGCAUUAGACGAUGCAACAUUAGAAAAUGGAUGCAUGUAUUUUAUGCCUGGAUCACAUAAAGUUACUGAAAGUCGUUAUUAUGAAGAAAAUAAUGAACUUGCAGAAAUCAAGAUUGGUAAAAAUCUCUCUGACGUAUUCACUACUUAUCCCGAACUAAAACAAUCACCAACAAUAGCCGUACCAAUGAAAGCUGGCAGUGCCUCAUUUCAUAGCGGUCAUUUAAUUCAUGGUGCUGGUGCCAACAUGACACCAAGUAGACGAGCUGCGAUGACCAUUCAAAUGAUGCCGGAUAAUAUGACUUUCAAUGGGAAACAAAAUGUAAUAACAGACGAGCGAAUGAAGGAAUUAAAAAUAGGUGUAUCCGUUUUCAAUGAUGAUAAUUUCAAUCCUAUAUUAUACAAAAAUAGUUAA